UCAAACUGAAUACACAGACCCAAAAUGAUUGCAGAGGGGAAGUUUAAACCUUUUCAUUAAUCUAAUUACUCUCUGGCUUCAUUCUCUCUGUACAUGCCUUCCAUCUUGACCUGAAUGUGUGAGUAUGCGUUGCUCUCAAGUUGUUGCUUGAUGAAGAGCAGCACAAUAACAGCUGUUCUGCGCUAAACAGACAAUAGAUAUCCACCCUCAGGGAGCUGAUAAAACAUGUAAAAAAAAAAAAAAAGGCAAGAUUAUUCUGAAGGUGGAAUAAUGGACAUAUAACCAGGUAUUUAAACUUUCAGUAAGUAAAACUGAUAAAAUACAAAACAAAGCCUUGAGACUUCACAUUGGUGCAAUGAGAUCAACUAAAAGUAAGGUGGAUGAGGAUGAAAACACCACUGAAAAUGUCAUAAAUGAAUGCAGGGAGGAUAACAGAUUUAAGGGAAAUGAUUUUGGAUGGAAGAUAAAAUACAAAUCGAGAGAACAUGGCAUUAAAGAAACAAAUUUUACACUUUUAAGUUAUUCUAUGUGUUUAUUAUAUUUAUAUGUAUUUGAUUAUUGUUUUAUUCCCAUUUAUUUGAUAUUGUAACUUUUUUAUUUUUAUUUUCUCUCUGUUCAAGCUCUCAUUUCAUCAUAAUUUUAUGUAUUAUUUUCAUAAGCCACUUUGUAACAUCAAGAAUUGGCCCUGUCCAGAUACUCCGGUACGGUAGGUGGCGGUAUGCACCUUAAAGUUGUUGUCGCAAAAAAAAAAAAAAAAAAGCAGAAGAAGAAUAACAACCGCUUUAAAAUAGCACGAAGAAGAAGUAGAGGGAGACGCUCAUGCUGACCUCAGGAAAGUGCUGACAGCUAACGCACAAACUUUUGUAAAUAUAAUACAACACGUUAUUAAAGCUGAGGUUUUAUUCCUGGAGAUUGUGUGUUUAGUUUUUAAAACCAGACCGCUGGAGGGUGAAUUAAACUCAUGGUCUUCUCUUCGUGUUAGCAUUAAGCUAACCGGUGUAGCUCCCUGCCUGCCGUUGACGGUUUACGUUAACGGUUCUGUUUAGUGUGGUUUAACCCUGCUGUCAUCCUCCUGCCGCCGGGGACUUCAUGUUGAAGCACCUCUCCGCUGCUCUCUCGCUGCUCCCCCGCCGCCUGCUUUCUCCCUCACCGAGGACUCUGACCCGAGCCUGCCGCCUCCUCGGCAGGAUGGAGCUGGCCGUGGUGAGGUGCCUCCCGGGGGAGCCAAAACUGACCAUCUCCUUCUCUCUGGACGGCAGCCACAGGCACAUGCUGCGGGACCAGGACGAGCCGGUGGGUAAGGCCCUGGCCCGGAUCUCCAACAGCGCCGCUAAGGGUCAAGGAAAGGCGAAGAAGUCGAAGAAGAAGAAGGGGCAGCAGCCGUGUGACACCCCGGAGCCCGCCGUGGCGAAGCUGUUCUACGAUGGGGACGAGGUGCCAGAGACGGUGCUGAACUCGGAGGCGUGGCGGGACGGAGCCGUGCUGCAGGUGGGAGACGUUAAAUACUCGGUGCAGAGGAACGCUCCCACCUUCACCACCGCUGAGCUCCCGGUGGCCAUCCUGGCCGGGUUCCCCGUCUGUCCCAAACUGGAAGUGGAGUUUGGCGACCUCGAAGACUGCGAGUACACUUGGUACAAAGAAGAAACCCCAAACAAAAGCCCUGAACCUGCUGCAGAAGCUCCAGGUCAGGACGCAGGUUGGACUCAGGUAGGAUGUGGGAGAGUUCACGUCCCGUCCAAUCAGGACAUUGGCUGCAGGCUCAAACUGCGCUGCACACCCAAAGAUGGAAGUCGCAGUGGCCUGGCCAAAGAGCUGGUCUCUGUGGGAGCCGUAGAGGCUGGACCAGGCGUGUGCACGUUUGACAACCGACACACGUACACGGCUAAACAGGUGGAGUGGCCAUCUGUGAGGGUGGUGUCGUACAACAUCCUCGCUGAUAUUUACGCCCAGACAGAACUGUCUAAGACAGUGCUUUACCCAUACUGCGCCCCCUACGCCCUGCAGCUGGACUACAGACAGAACCUGAUCAAGAAGGAGCUGGCUGGAUACAACGCUGACAUCAUCUGUCUGCAGGAGGUUGACAAAGGGGUGUUUGUGGACAGUCUGACUCCAGCUUUGGAUGCCUUCGGUCUGGAUGGAGUUUUCAGGAUCAAAGACAAGCAGCAUGAAGGGCUGGCCACUUUCUACCGCAGGUCAAAGUUUCGGCUACUGAGCAGUCACGACAUUAUGCUGCGUGAGGCGUUGAUCUCUGACCCCAUCCACUCUGAACUGCUGGAGAGGCUCUCUGCCAACAGCGCCCUGAAGGACAAGAUAGUGCAGAGAUCCACCUCGCUGCAGGUCAGUGUUCUGGAGGACCUGAAUAAACCAGGCAGGAAAGUGUGUGUGGCCAACACUCACCUGUACUGGCACCCCAAAGGAGGAAACGUUCGCUUGGUCCAGAUGGGCGUGGCUCUGAAACACCUGAGUCAUGUGAUCAGCGAGGUUGCACCUGGAGCCCCUCUGGUUUUUUGUGGUGACUUCAACUCCUCCCCCGACUCAGGUGUGCUCCAGCUGGUCAGUGAGACCGUGGUUCCUCAGCAGCAUCCAGACUGGAGCAGCUCGGGGCCGGAGGAAUCCUGCACUAUGGAGCUGCUCUCUGCCUUUCCCCCACUGCUUAACGCCUGCGGCAAGCUGGCCUACACCAACUAUGUGGGAGGAUUUCAUGGCUGCUUGGACUACAUCUUCAUACAGCCCGACAGCAUGCAGGUGGAGCAGGUGAUUCCUCUGCCCAGCCACCAGGAGGUCACCACCUAUGAGGCUCUGCCCAGUGUUGUUCACCCCUCCGACCACAUCGCCCUCGUCUGUGACCUGUGCUGGAGCCCCUGACCUCUGACUUUCGACCACCUGGACAAAAGAUACUGGAGAACUCCUGCAAAUGCAUUAUGACCUCAGACUUCAUUUAUACUUGAAUGAAGUCUGAGAACGACAACAUGUUCCUGCUGGUUUACUCGAGAUCAAUGAAAGUCAACAGGAACAUGUUAAUGUCUUAUUAUUUACUGUCCUUAAUAUAGAGUAAUGAUUUUUCAUCACUGACAUUCAGUGUUGGGUUUGUUACUUUAAAAAAGUAUGCUGUACUCCCUGCUGAUUCUUCCUCACCCUCUUCAAUAGCCAUUAUCACACAUUUUAGAAACUUAGUGGCUUCAAUUCCCAAAGACAAGGUUAAUAAAGGAAUAUUGACACUUCAAUAUAAAAUAUUUUAAAGUAUUUAUUAUUCUAAUUAUUAUCAGGGGUAUCACAGUAUACCAGUAUUGACACUAACUGGAUAUUUAACAAAUGAAAUCUUGAUAUUGUGUUAAUGAUACACAUAUUAUAAUAUUGUGGAUCUUUUGUUUCUAAGUUCACCUGGUGGCCUUUACACUGUCCAUUAAGUGUAAUUGUUCUGUUUGAGCGCUUUUGUACAGUUUUGGUUACAGACCACCUCCCUACACUCGUGUCUUGAGUGUAAUUCAUUUGCCAAAAAAACAAAACACACAAUAAACAAAGAUUAAUUUGACUAGACGCAUUAUAUUUUUCCCCCAACUUUUACAUAGAUAACAAUAUUUUUGAAAGCAUCGUCACUGUACUAUUAGCGGUAUUGUGAUUCGUUUCAUUCAAUAUUUAAUUGCAGUGAAUGGACGCACUGCUACACCCUCAAUCGCCACGCUGUUUUUCUUUGAUUGGUCAGAAGUGGGGGAGGAGGCGGGACCAGAGUGUGUGGAACGUACCACUGUACCGAAUGCUAGGGGUGCGAAGAAAGUUUAAAUAAAGGUUUAUGAAAUAUA